GCUGGCGGGGCUGGAGGUGGUGCCGCCGGGCGGGCUGUGGAGCUGCAGCUGCGAGGCCGUGGCCAUGGGGAGCUUGAAAGACGAGCUGCUCAAGGCCAUCUGGCACGCGUUCACCGCGCUGGACCUGGACCGCAGCGGCAAGGUCUCCAAAUCGCAGCUGAAGGUGGGUGCCCGCCCCUGGGGGAGAGCGAGCCCCGAGUGCGCCGCACGCUUUGGUCGAGGGAACGCGGCCUGCAGGGGCCUGCAGUGGGGCUUUGGCGUUUCCCCUUUGCCUCCGGGCUCUGCCCUCUGCAAGCGCCCUCAGGCGGGUCCCCUCCGGGCUGCGGGUCAAUUAGCGGCCCGACUGGGGGAAAGGGAUCCGGGACCCGCGAGCCUGCUGCCUUCCUGCUCGACGCCCGCCGCAGUCCCCCAAAAAGAUCCUGAGAGAUCAGAGGUUCCCCCUAAGAUCCUGAGAGAUCCUGAGGAUCCUCCUAAGAUCCUGAGAGAUCAUGAGGGUUUCCUCCAGGAUCCUGAGAAAUCAGAGGAUCCCCCUAAGAUCCCGAGAGAUCCUGAGGAUCCUCCUAAGAUCCUGAGAGAUCAUGAGGGUUCCCUCCAGGAUCCUGAGAAAUCAGAGGAUCCCCCUAAGAUCCCGAGAGAUCAUGAGGAUCCCCCUAGGAUCCUGAGAGAUCUCAGUGCCUUCCGCAGGUCUUCCAGGCACUCUGCUUCGGCAAGUCUUUCUUGUGACUUGCCAAAGCGAGAAUAUAAGGUCCAAGACAACUUUGACAAGAUUGAAUUUAAUAGGAUGUGUUGGACCCUCUGUGUCAAAAAAAAUCUCACAAAGAAUCCACUUCUUAUUUUGGAGGAAGAUGCAUUCAAAGUCUGGGUCAUUUUCAACUUUUUGUCAGAGGACAAGUAUCCAUUAAUUAUUGUGCCUGAAGAGAUUGAAUAUCUGCUUAAGAAACUUACAGAAGCUAUGGGAGGAGGUUGGCAGCAAGAACAAUUUGAACAUUAUAAAAUCAACUUUGAUGACAAUAAGGAUGGACUUUCUGUGUGGGAACUUAUUGAGCUUAUUGGAACUGGACAGUUUAGCAAAGGAAUGGAUCGGCACGCGGUGUCCAUGGCAAUUAAUGAAGUCUUUAAUGAACUUAUAUUAGAUGUGUUGAAACAGGGUUACAUGCUGAAAAAAGGCCACAAACGGAAAAAUUGGACUGAACGCUGGUUUGUACUAAAACCCAAUAUCAUUUCUUAUUAUGUGAGUGAAGAUCUGAAAGAUAAGAAAGGAGACAUUGUCUUGGAUGAAAACUGCUAUGUGGAGUCCUUGCCUGACAAAGAUGGAAAGAAAUGCCUUUUUCUCAUAAAAUGUUUUGAUAAGUCCUUUGAAAUCAGUGCUUCAGAUAAGAAGAAGAAACAGGAGUGGAUUCAGGCCAUUCAUUCAACGAUCCAUCAGUUGAAACUGGGUAGCUCCCCACCACACAAAGAAGCUCGAAAGCGUCGGAAGGAACUCAGGAAGAAGCUGCUGGCUGAGCAGGAAGAGCUGGAACGGCAGAUGAAGGAGCUGCAGGCUGCCAAUGAAAACAAGCAGCAGGAGCUGGAGAGUGUGAGAAAGAAACUGGAAGAAGCAGCAUCUCGUGCAGCAGAAGAAGAAAAGAAACGUCUUCAGACUCAAGUGGAACUGCAGGCCCGGUUCAGCUCAGAGCUGGAGCGGGAGAAGCUUAUCAGACAACAGAUGGAAGAACAGGUGGCCCAGAAGUCCUCUGAACUGGAGCAGUAUUUGCAGCGAGUACGGGAGCUGGAAGACAUGUACCUUCAGCUGCAGGAAGCUCUUGAGGAUGAGAAGCAGGCGCGGCAAGAUGAGGAGACAGUGCGGAGGCUGCAAGCCAGGCUGCUGGAGGAGGAGUCUGCCAAGAGGGCUGAGCUGGAGAAGUGGCACUUGGAGCAGCAACAGGCCAUUCAGAACACAGAGGCCGAGAAGCAGGAGCUGGAGAAUGAGCGCAUCCGCAAAGAGCAGGCCCUGCAGGAAGCCAUGGCACAGCUGCGGCAGCUGGAGCUCGAGCGCCAGGAGGCGCUGGAGCAGUAUGAGGGUGUUAAAAAGAAGCUAGAGAUGGCAACUAGUAAAACUAAGAGCUGGAAAGACAAAGUUGCCCAGCAUGAAGGAUUAAUUCGAUUGAUAGAACCAGGUUCAAAAAACUCCUACCUGGUCACUAACUGGGGCCCUGCAGCUUUCACGGAGGCAGAACUUGAAGAGAGAGAGAAAACCUGGAAAGAGCAGAAGUCAGUCACUGAGUGACGGGCAGCACAAACCUCACCUGGCAUGUAAAUCCUGAGUGGAACUGGAGACUUUAUGCUAAAGACAAAAGAGCUGGCUUUGAUUCUUCUAACUUUUUUCUUACUUGUCUUCAGACCAGUUGGACCAGUAUCCUAAGAAAGCCUUCAAUUAAGGGUUUAUCAGCAAGGAAAACAGUUGACAUUGUCAAGCCCUUUACCCUUUCUUUGAAAAUGUCUGCUUUUGGAAAUUCCUUUUUAGCUCUCUGGGGAUAAGGCAGUGUACACACCUCGUGCCAUCAUCUGUUAUCAGGACUGGAGGGUCGCAGGGCAGAGUUCAGGACCACUGGAUAUUCAGGGUCUCUGUCUUCUUCUCCAAGUACAUGUUUCUGAACUAGCCCGUCCACCUGCCAUCCUGUACCAGUCAGUGGCCAUGCCUUUUACCAUUGCUCCAUAAGAUAUGUGUAGGCACAUUAACCUGUCUCACCCUCAGAGGGUAAAGGCCUUGUUAUCUCUGCAGAUUUCUGUGUACUACAAUAUGCUACUGAUUGAUGUUCUGGCUACAGUAGGAAGCAAAAUAAAUAAAAUAAAAUCGGU